AUGUCAACAUUAAAUUCUGGACAGGAGAGGAAAAACCCAUCUGGUUUAUUCCUUUUCUAUGCAAGAAAAUGGAACUUUUUGCUGUUAGGAUUGGUGGGUGAUGAUCAAAUUGGGGUUUUGAAUAUGUUAUCUGAAUUGGGAAGGAGGCCGAUGAUAGGAACCAAUGAUGGAUCAUUUGGUGAUGAUUUAGAUAACGAGAUAGGGUUGUUGUUGCGGGAGCAACGUAGACAAGAGGCUGAUGAUCGUGAGAGAGAGCUUAAUUUGUACAGGAGUGGCUCUGCGCCUCCAACUGUGGAGGGUUCAUUAAAUGCAGUCGGGGGCUUGUUUGGCGGUGGAGGCAAUGGUGGUGCCUCCUUCUCAGAUUUUGCUAGUGGAAAAAAUGGGAAUGGUUACAACAUACCCGAGAAGGAGCUUAGGUCUGAUCCAGCUUACCUUACUUACUACUAUUCGAAUGUGAAUUUGAACCCUAGGCUUCCGCCUCCUUUGCUGUCUAAGGAGGAUUGGAGGUCCUCGCAGAGGUUGAAGGGUGGAAGUUCGGUUUUAGGUGGGAUUGGAGAUAGGAGGAAAACUAGUAGAGCUGAUGAUGGUAAUGGUAGAUCAAUGUUUUCAAUGCCACCGGGGUUUGAAUCUAGGAAACAAGACAGUGAGGUUGAGUCAGAAAAUAUUUCUGGCUCCACCGAAUGGGGUGGUGAUGGGCUGAUUGGUUUACCAGGAUUUGGACUUGCCAGCAAACAGAAGAGCCUUGCUGAAAUCUUUCAGGAUGACUUGGGGCGUGCAACUCCUGUGACAGGGCCCCCAUCUCGCCCAGCUAGCCGCAAUGCGUUUAAUGAAAAUGUUGAGACCAUAGGUUCAGCUGAAGCAGAGUUGGCUCAUUUACGCCGUGAAUUAUCAUCUGCAGAUGCUUUACGGUCUGGUGCAAGUGGCCAGGGCUCAGCUUCUGUCCAAAAUAUUGGCCAAUCUUCUUCUUAUAGUUAUGCUGCUGCUCUUGGUUCCUCCUUGUCUAGGAGUACCACUCCUGAUCCCCAACAUAUUGCCAGGGUUCCUAGUCCUUGUCCUACACCCAUUGGACAAGGGAGAGUUACAACAAGUGAAAAGAGAGGCACUGCUAGUUCAAACACAUUCAAUGGUGUCUCAUCUGGUAUCAAGGAGCCUGCAGAGUUGGUUGCUGCCUUUUCUGGCAUGAACUUGUCAACAAAUGGUGUAAUAGAUGAAGAAAGCCAUUUGCCAUCACAGGCUGAACAGGAUGUUGGCAACCACCGGAAUUAUCUCUUUGGUCUCCAAGGUGGUCAGAAUCACCUGAAGCAAAAUAGUUACUUAAAGAAGUCUGAAUCUGGGCAUUUACAUAUGUCUUCUGUUUCUCAAUCUGCCAAAUUGUCAUAUUCUGAUUUGGCUAAGAGUAAUGGUGGUGGAUCAGACCUCAACAGCUCAUCCUUGAUGGCUGAGAGGCAGGUUGAACUGCAAAAAUCAGCUGUUCCUGCCGGCAAUCCUUACAUGAAAGGAUCGCCUACCUCUACUCUUGGUGGUGGAGGUGGCUUACCUCCGCAGUAUCAGCAUCUAGAUGGUAUGAAUUCAUCACUUCCAAACUAUGGAUUGAGUGGGUAUUCCAUAAAUCCAGCAUUGGCUUCCAUGAUUGCCAACCAGCUUGGUACUGGUAACCUGCCACCAUUAUUUGAAAAUGUUGCCGCAGCAUCUGCAAUGACCAUCCCUGGAAUGGACUCAAGAAUGCUAGGAGGAGGUUUGGGAUCUGGAGCAAAUCUAACAGCUGGUUCAUUGGAAUCUCAUAAUCUUGGGAGAGGUGGGAGUCCCAUAGCAGGAAGUGCUCUUCAGGCACCUUUUGUUGAUCCAAUGUAUCUCCAGUACUUGAGGGCUCCUGAGUAUGCUGCUACCCAGCUUGCUGCUAUUAAUGACCCCUCAGUAGAUAGGAACUACUUAGGUAAUUCUAUAGGUAAUUCAUACUUGAAUUACCUUGAAAUUCAAAAGGCUUAUGGUCUUUUAUCAUCUCAGAAAUCACAGUAUGGAGUUCCAUUAGGUGGUAAAUCUGGAAGUUCUAAUCAUCAUGGUUAUUUUGGGAAUCCUGCCUUUGGUGUUGGUAUGUCAUAUCCUGGAAGUCCCCUGGCAAGCCCUGUCAUUCCGAACUCCCCUGUUGGACCUGGCAGUCCCAUAAGACACAAUGAGCUUAAUAUGCGUUUUCCUUCUGGAAUGAGGAACUUGGCUGGGGGCAUCAUGGGACCCUGGCACUUGGAUGCAGGAUGUAACAUGGAUGAAAGCUUUGCAUCAUCUCUACUGGAGGAGUUUAAGAGCAAUAAAGCCAAGUGUCUUGAACUUUCAGAAAUUGCUGGUCAUGUUGUGGAGUUCAGUGCGGAUCAGUAUGGGAGCCGAUUCAUCCAACAAAAACUUGAGACUGCCACGACGGAUGAAAAAAAUAUGGUUUAUCAGGAAAUCAUGCCCCAGGCUCUUGCUUUGAUGACUGACGUGUUUGGUAAUUAUGUAAUUCAGAAGUUUUUUGAGCAUGGGCUUCAAUCACAGAGAAGAGAAUUGGCUGGCAAGCUUUUUGGUCAUGUUUUGACACUCAGCCUUCAAAUGUAUGGCUGCCGAGUGAUACAGAAGGCCAUCGAGGUUGUUGAUCUAGACCAGAAAAUAAAAAUGGUUGAAGAGCUUGAUGGUCAUGUAAUGAGGUGUGUGCGUGACCAGAAUGGGAACCAUGUUAUACAAAAGUGUAUUGAGUGUGUUCCUGAAGAUAAUAUUCAGUUUAUUGUCUCAACAUUUUUUGAUCAAGUUGUGACUCUCUCCACCCAUCCGUACGGGUGUCGUGUGAUACAGAGGAUACUGGAACACUGCAAGGAUGCACAGACACAGAGUAAAGUUAUGGAUGAGAUUUUAGGAUCUGUUAGUAUGUUGGCACAAGAUCAAUAUGGAAAUUAUGUGGUUCAGCAUGUACUGGAACAUGGAAAAUCUCAUGAACGAUCUGCUAUCAUCAAAGAGUUAGCUGGGAGGAUUGUUCAGAUGAGUCAACAGAAGUUUGCCUCCAAUGUUGUAGAGAAGUGUUUAACUUUUAGUGGUCCUUCUGAACGCCAGCUACUGGUCAAUGAAAUGCUUGGCACUACAGAUGAAAAUGAGCCUCUUCAGGCAAUGAUGAAAGACCAGUUUGCAAACUAUGUUGUACAGAAAGUUCUGGAGACAUGUGAUGACCAGCAGCGUGAGCUGAUCCUUACAAGAAUAAAAGUUCAUUUAAAUGCUUUGAAAAAGUACACCUAUGGAAAGCAUAUUGUUGCACGUGUAGAGAAACUUGUUGCUGCUGGGGAAAGGAGAAUUGCUGCGCAGUCCCUGCACCCUGCUGCUUAG